AUGGUAAAUCUGUACACUCUGGCGAAUCGCCAAACUGCGCUAAUGCAGCGAUUCGACGGAGUCUGCACCUCAGUACGGCAGAUGAAGUAUGCUCUGAAAGCACUUAACGAAAGAAUGACGAUGGAAAGCGGGAAAGAAUGGAAAGACGGUUAUGGUGGACUUUUCUACAAAACUAUUCCUGUUACGGGGAGGAGUAUUUAUGCUUCGGAAGCUGCUAAAGACAUUCUUCGUCAUUACCAAAGUUUCAUUAAAACGCAGACAAGAGGGCGGAGGUCAAAGAACUGGAGGAGGUAUUUCGCUGUAGAGAGCUCAGCGGCGUCCUCUCUCCUGGGCGAUACGCCUUUGCUCCGUCCGAGUGCCGGAGCUGUGCCGGCGCCAGGCUACUCUGCUGCCUCGGCGCAGUCUUGA